AAAUCAUCAAAUAAUGAACCUCCAGAUUAGUGAUGGGAAAAGUUGGCAAAAAUCCGGAGUCGACUCCGAUCCGACUCCGAUAAAUUCGGAAUCGACUCCGGAAGGUAGGUCCGCGCUGCAAUAUCCGGAGUCGUUCGGAAUCGUCCGGAGUCGUACGGAGUCGCCCGGAGUCGCCCGGAGUCGGAGUCAUCCGGAGUCGUUCGGAGUCGUUCGGAGUCGUCCGGAGUCGUCCGGAGUCGCCCGGAGUCGGAGUCGUCCGGAGUCGUUCGGACUCGUUCGGAGUCGUCGGAGUCGUUCGGAGUCGUCCGGAGUCGCCCGGAGUCGCCCGGAGUCGCCCGGAGUCGGAGUCGUUCGGAGUCGUUCGGAGUCGUUCGGAGUCGUCGACUCCGGACGACUCCGGUCAACUCCGGACGACUCCGAACGACUCCGACUCCGGGCAGAUCUAGUGGUUCCAUUUUGCCGGAGUCGGAACCGAACUAACAAUAGUCGGAGUCGGAUCGGAGCCGUGGGUGCGCUCCAUACAGCACAUCUCUACUCCAGAUACACAACUAUACCCCAACAAUUGGCAACAGUUUGUACAGUAAAGUAGUACAUUUAGCAUCAUGUCCUGGGAGUAUAUUACAUACGCAAAAUACAUCAUUAGUAAAAACUUGGUUCGAUACUUGGUUCGGUACUCGCAGGGUUUAGCAAGUAAUUUUGUGGCUCUUGUUGCAGCUUGUAUGUGUCAUCCAAAUUAUGAAUAUAUAUUUUUUAUCAUUCAUUAAGGUAUCAAGGCAUUAAUUAAAAUGCGCAAUACUCCCUCUUAUGACACGCGUGUGUUUUGACACACAUAGAACGUAGUGCGAAUUGUGCAAGCGAAAGGAAAGUAAGCAAAUCGGUUUUAAUGGACCUUUCAAAUUCCAAUAAUUUACUAAAUAACAUGACGGAAGAUAUGACAUGAUACGUCGUUGCAAAGCCCUGACCCUGCCCGCUCUUUAUUUGUAACCAUAAUGCAGAAAUGGGCAAACAACGAAAAAGCAAGAUGCAAACGUUCGCAAUCAAGUACAAAUCGCAUCACAAACCAUUAUGUGCAUUUCGAUUGUCUCGGUCUCUGUAGUCUGGAUUUUUUUUUUGUGCUUCAGUUUUUCUUUCCUUCUAAUCCCUACAUCAUCGCCUCAACACUCAAAUUUGCUAACCCCUGCGCUCUCUAAUCGGUCGGCGCACACAUGCCUGAGCGCCCGAGGCAAGAGAGCGCAUGCCGUUCUCUCUUUCUCCCGGCGCAGCGCAAUCUCGCCCUGCGUACCGGUUGGCGGCUCUCGAUUUUAGCGUUCCAUCUCGUUCGCACCAGUGCGCAAAAGAAGGCAAACCUUCCAAAACCACCCACUUUUCGCACAGCGCCCGCACUCUCUCAAACACGAUGCCAUGCGCCCGCUCUCUCGCUCUCUCUCUCUCUCUCUCUCUCUUUUUCUCUUCCGCAAUUGUGCCAAAAUUCUGGAGCAGACCGGGAUGUACUCCCACCUCCAUCCCGCAGCAAAGGUAAACCUUGCAAAAGCCGAUGCCAGAGCGAGAUGGCCGCUGCGCUCAGCGUGAGCGCCGGCCACCCUAGCGCGCGUUUUGGGGUGGUCGCCACUGCGUACCCAACACACACACAAACAAACACACACACACACGCACACGAUCUAAUCUGGCUGCGCGCAACCACGCGAUGCGCGAGCGGCUUCAGCUGUCAGUCCCGAGCCGAUCGUCCGCGGGCCCGGCAGAACAGCACCGACACCGGCAUCAUGGACCAGCAAUACUGUCUGCGCUGGAACAAUCAUCAGUCUAACUUAACCACCGUGCUCACCACGCUCCUACAAGAUGAGAAACUGUGCGACGUCACGCUCGCCUGCGAGAAGGGCAUGGUCAAAGCACACCAAGCGAUCCUGUCCGCCUGCAGCCCGUACUUCGAGCAGAUAUUCGUCGAGAACAAGCAUCCCCAUCCGAUCAUCUAUCUGCGCGACGUGGAGGUGAACGAGAUGCGCGCCCUGCUCGACUUCAUGUACCAGGGCGAGGUGAACGUGGGCCAGCACAACUUGCAGAACUUUCUCAAGACGGCCGAAAGUUUGAAGGUACGGGGACUGACCGAAAGCAGUGCCGACCGGUAUUCGGCCGAUACGGACAGCAAGCUGCGCUCGGAGCGGAUCCGGGACUCGCGGGACGAGCGCGACUCGCUACCAAACGCAUCCAGCAACAACAGCAACAACAACAACAACAGUAGCAGCAACAACAACAAUAACAACAACACGAUCAGCAGUAACAACAACAACAACUCCCUGCACCAUGGGCCGCUGCGCGACAAGGAGCUGACCGAGCACGAGCAGCUCGAGCGGCUUCAGCAGCAGCAGCAGCAGCAGCAAACGCACCACCAACAGCAGCAGCAUCCGUCGUCGCACCAGCAGCAACAGUCGCAGCAGCAUCCGUCGUCGCAGCAUCAGCAACCGACGCACCAAACGCAUCAUCACCACCAUCACCAUCAGCACGGUGGUGGCGGCGGUGGCGGCGGCGGCGGCGGUGGAGACGGCGGUAGUGCCGGCCCGGUGCAGCAACCGUCCCGGAGCGCGAGCAUCGAUCUGAUGCAGUCGGCGCUGGUGGACGAGCGCGACUAUCUGGCGGCGGAGGAUCGCGAGAUCAGCACGGUAGAGAAUAAGAAGAAGCGCAAAAUGUCCACCACCUGUGAUAACUCAUCGCCCUCGACGCCGUCCCUGAUGAACGAACGGCAAGGGGGGUACGAAUCGCAGGCCUCGUCACACAGUAGCUUCAAGCAGAGCCCGAAACCGGAGGACGAGUUUAAGGUGAGCUCGCCGGCCCCGGUCCAUCCGCUGGCGGGCCAUCCGCUGAGCGGCAUCAAGCAGGAGCUGCCCGAGCUGCCGGUGCGCCAUUCGCUGUCCUCCGAGCUGAUGCAGCCUAUUCCGAUCAACAUGAACGCGGACGAUAUGAACAAUAUCCUAGCACCCGGCAACAUGGGAUCGCUCAACGAGAGCGGUGACAGUGACGCCCACCUGUCACAUCCGGAUCAUCCAGACAAUAUCGAUGGGCCGGGGGGAGGUGGAGGUGGCAGUCGGUACGAGCAUCACUUGUCACGGCACGCCAGCAGUAUCCUACCAUCCAGUCUUGUCUCGUCGCCCGACGGUACCGAUCUGCCGCACCACACGCAUUAUCAGCUGCACCAUCAGAUGUCCUACCAUAACAUGUUCACGCCGUCGCGGGAGCCGGGCACGGCCUGGCGCUGCCGCUCGUGCGGCAAGGAGGUCACCAACAGAUGGCACCACUUCCAUUCGCAUACGCCCCAGCGCUCCCUCUGCCCGUACUGUCCGGCGUCCUACAGUCGAAUCGAUACCCUGCGAUCGCACCUCCGGAUCAAGCAUGCCGAUCGGCUCAACGCGCCCAAGUUUAGCAACCCCCCGAACUGCAAGCUGCCGAUGUAAGCAGGGUUGGGGUUGGGAGCGCGCUGCUGCCUGCCUCCAGCGCGCGUGUGUGUGUGUGUCUGUGGACCAUUCCCCCUCCCGUGGCGGCGAGCAGACGCGUACCUCAUCCACCACCACACUACAGAGAUUACCCAUCUUGAGUUACCCGAUCGUCAGUGUUGUCAAAUAUGUUUUUUUUUUCUGUUUUCCUUCGUUUCUCGGUGCUUAUUUUUAUACUUUUUGUUUUGUUUUCUAAAUUGUGUUUCGCUUUGUGGCUUUGAGUGCCGUUACUACUACCGCCAGCGAGAGAAAGAGAUAGAGAGAGAGAAAGAGAAGGAGGAAACAGCCCCUGCUCCCCCGGCGGAGCGUAAAUUUUGUAGCUCAUUGCAUUACGGGGCGGAGCUAACUCCGCACUGUAACACUCAUUACGUAGCUCUUUCAAACUCCUGAGGUGAGGUCUUCAACGGAAGGUUUCUACUUAGCUUACCAAGCAGACAAAUUUGAGUGCUUUCAUCGGGUGUGUAAAUGUGAGGUACACGCAGCGAGGCAAGGGUGUGAGUGGAUGGAUAGUGGUGUUGCGGUGUGUAUCUGUGCGAGAGAGUUGCUUUGUAACGCUACCACCAACAAACAGUAGUUUCGUUUUAGGUUGUUGAUUGUUACUUGUUUUGUGCCUUUUUGUAAUUCUUUGUAUUGUUUUUCUUAUUCUUUUUUUCACUUUCAUGAUUCUUUCACUUUCAUUGAUCUCUCUUCCUUCUCUAUACUUCCCUUUUCUGCUCUAUAUCGCAACUUUUUAGUGAUCAUUUGAACAGUAUAGUCUUUUCCCCCCAUAAAUGGCGCAUAUGUACGUAUAGUUAUAUUAUUUUUUCGAUUUCAUGAACAUCACUCUCUAUUCUACCUUUGUCUAUCACUCUCCACUUCCUUCUUCUACUGUGUUUUGUAAAUUGUUGAGCGUUGUUUUACAACGCAACAAGUAACCUGUAAGCAACAAUUUAAAGCUCAAAUACUCACAGAGACGCACCAUCACUCACGUAUUACGCUCUCAUUCUUCCAUUUGUUGCAUUUAAAUUACUUUUGCACCACUUUUGCCCCGUCUUUUCGCAAAAUGUACCAAGAAAACGGUUUGAAUUUCGAGAAUUUAGAUGCUUCGUAAUCUCUAAAGCACUAUUCUACCACUGAACUGGGAGCGGGACAACCGGUCCAAGCUUGUGAAACGAAGAAACAGUGAAUUAAAGGUUCGAAUUAUUAGUGAAAACGAUUGGAAUAUGUUUCGUGCUUCCCUGUCAGUUCUUUAGUAGUGUUGGGUUUCCAGUUCCUGUGCCUUAAUUUUCUAUGACGACCUCUAAACGAUUGCGAUAACUCCCUCUCUCUUCUUGAUGGUGAAGAUUGAAUAAAUUGGGAAAUUAAAUUACACUAACGGAGCGUGGCAUUGGAUUGCAUUUUGUACAGCACUUAUCAGUAUAAGGAACGUCAGUAUUGGUCACUAUACUGUAAACCCCAGGUCAUUGGCUUAAAUUAUCUUUUCUUCCCAAGUUCGUUGAAAUAUCAAUCCUAACCUGGCAAUGCUGGUAACAGUUGGUAACCGGGUGUAGUUGAACAGUCCAUCGCUUAGCGGUGGUUCGAUGGUAAUUUGUUAUGUAUGUCCUGUACAAGUAAUUUCAUUCUAUUGGGCGAUUGAUAUCGAUUGAAGAGAAAGAGGCAAUUGUAUUGUUUUUUUUUGAAUAAAGAAGCAGAUGAUAGAUAAAGAGUGACAAGGAGAAAGAGAAGAAAAAUAUUGCCCAGAGCUAUCUUUAUCAUCCCUACUGUACCAACGCUAGUCUCCAACACCUAACAAGAAGAAUUUGGUGAUGACGCACGGUGACGUAAUCGGCUUUAUUGUGCAGAGAAUGUCAAGCAAUCGAUAUGUCAUGUGUCAACUGUGUUAGCCUUGCUUACUUUGGUUGUUAUAUUUUUGGCAAUUUGGUAAUACCAAAAAACAAAAAAACAACCUCAUUUUUUGCGGUGUGCUUCUUCCACACGUGCCAUAUCGGGAGGUAUGUUGAAUAUAUAUAUAUGUAUAAAAAAGACUCAAAUCACACCGGGGGAGAUGAAACAUUUCACCAGAAGAGUUCCUUUGACAUGCCUGGCUUCCGGAUGAUAUAGUACACGGGAAGAGAGCAGAUAGUGGGAACUCUUGGGUUCCCACAGUAAGAAAUCAAAAGAUUAAAAAAAUCAACAGUGUUGCAUACAAAUUUCUCAUUCACACAACCGGGCGUUGUGCGCGUGUACUAUGUCUUAAGGCGUUAGCAGCUUUGUUUUUUGUUAGUACAUUUAAGUAGACCCAUUAUGUUUUCUUUCAACGUCUUUUCUACCUUGUCCUCUAUCUCUGUCUCUUUCUCUGUCUCUAUCUCAAAACGUUACGUUCAAACACACACACACAUAAUUGCGCACGGAUAUGGUGUUAAACUAGCGUGUAAGGAUUUUUAAGCGAAGAAUCUCAUUCAGCAGUGGUAUGUACAUGUAUGUAUGUGUGUUGAUGGGUGACGUAUGUUUUUUGUUUGUUUAUCACCCAUUUUCAGUAUUUGCUCAAUGGUGUUCUAAUGUCAGCAUUAGAUGGCAAUGAUAAUGAUUUACAAUGUUGCGUGUAUAGAUGUUUUUUAUCCAAGGAUUCGCUACGAAAACGUGUCAUUGUUUGCUGUUGGUUGAAGUUUUUAACUCGAGACUGUACACUUAAAUUAGUCCUUGGAUGUUGUCGUCAGCUUCUUGACGUCAGCUCUAUCGCGUUACGCAUUUACGGGCUUGUUCCCCAUUUAGCUUAUUUUGAAUAAUUGGCUGUCUACUGCUUUGCUCGAGCAAAUCAUAAAUAAGCGACAUUGGUUUGAUCAAUUUAGGCAAUAAGUCCUAAAAGGUGGAUUUUACCUUAUUUGUUAUCAAAUUUUAUAAACAAUCAGUUGGUGUAGGUGUUUGUAUUGAAUCAAACCAUGAAUAUGUUUAGGUUCAAUUUGUUUCUUCUGCUUCUUAUUAUUGGCAUAAUGACCUACGCGGUCAUUUCUAUACAGACUUUUGACACUUAUUAUUGAGUACCACGCAGCCGGAUAAGUCACUUCUCCUGAGGGACAAGGUCCAAAUGAGGCUUGAAACCACGACCCCACGACGGGCAUGUUGAUAAGUCUUGCGUUUUGACGACUGUACCACGGGACCCCUCCCCCCUCCUUCCCCAUACAUACAUGCAUACAUACAUUCAUACAUAAAUACAUAUCCAAACGGUAUAUAAAAAGGAAAGUUUUAGCGCUUGUUUGCUUGGAAUUGUCCUAAGUACUACAUGCACGUCGACAGUUUGGUUUGAAAAUCGACCCUUUCGACAGUUUGCUUUUCUGUUUUCUUUUUCUUGAACUUGACAUCGUUUGCGGCGGUGUUUUUUUUUGUUGCUAUAAUUAAGGCAAUGGCAGGUAAUUGAAUUGAGCCAUUCGAAAAUUCUUCUAGAACACAACACUGUGUCAUUUACUCACGAACCUAAUCAUUUCGAUACGACGUGCAAAUAUAAACGGACCCGUCUGUUAUCAUCAGGGUAAAAUUCCACGCAAAUAGUACGCGAUAACUUAUGGUGUCCCGAAAAAUAAUAAAUUAUCAGAGACCUCCGAGAGAGUUCUAUAAGGCCUGGAUCCCAUUCAUCCUUCCUCUAAUCCUUCAACCAUUUUGUAGCUAUGUAGGAUCUGGCUCAAUCGUGUACAUUUGUGUGAAUCUUUAAAGAAGUGGAAACAGUUUAAAUGAAGUAAAAGCAAGCUGGACAACUCAAUUCGUUGAUGCCAACUGUAUGAAAUUUCAAAUUUGAAUAGAGCUGAAAACAAAUAUAAAGAAUGAAACAAAUAAACCAACUAUGUUAGAGAAGAAAAUAGAGAGGGAGGAGAUAGUGAAAUAGAAACAAAAUGAAAGAGAGGUAAAGAGAAGUAAGGGAAUAAAUAGAGAAAACAUGAAAAGAAAGAAUAGUAAUAGAGAGAAAGGGAGAAAAUAGUAAAGAAAACCUCGCGCAACGAAUGUUAAAAGGGAACAAAAGAUAAACAAAAAAAAACGUAAGACAAAACAUAUAAGUCUGAACAAUGAAUAUAGUGUGUAUAAAAAAGAUAACUAAGACGUGUAAGAAGAUAAGCGGGAGAAGCACAGUGCGUGUUUGUAUAUAUGUUUUGAUUUCUGCCAUACACUCCAAGCGAACGUUGAUUGGUUUGCUAGCGUUGAUAUACAGCAUCUCUCAUCGAUUGAAUCUUGCUAUAAGCCAGUUUGAACGCAACGGUGACAGGAACUGGAAACACAAACUAGUUCACAUUUCGUUCAAUCAAUUUCUCUGCCCUAUUUCCGAUAGUUCAACCACUUUUCUCCUGCUCUACCUAGAGUAUGCUGUAACAGUGUAUUCUAACAAGGCAAAUUUGCUGAUAAAAACAUAAAUGGCAAAUAAUAUCGGCGAACGAUCAGCGUUACGCUGUCGAGUACUAGUUACCAAGCAGAGAGAUAAAAAGAGAGAAAGAGAGAGAGAAAGAGAGAGAGCAAGAGAAAGAGAGAGAGAAAGAGAGAGAAAGAGAGAGAGAAAGAGAGAGAAAGAGAGAGAGAAAGAGAGAGAGAGAGAGAAAGAGAGAGAGAAAGAGAGAGAGAAAGAGAGAGAGAGAGAAAGAGAGAGAGAUAGAGAGAGAGAGAUAGAGAGAGAGAGAUAGAGAGAGAGUGAGAGAGAGAGAGAGUGAGAGAGAGAGAGAGUGAGAGAGAGAGAGAGAAAGAAAGAGAUAGAGAGAACGAGAGGGAACGAGAGAGAGAGAACGAGAGAGAGAGAGAACGAGAGAGAGAGAACGAGAGAGAGAGAGAGAACGAGAGAGAGAGAACGAGAGAGAGAGAACGAGAGAGAGAGAACGAGAGAGAGAGAAAAAGAAAGAGUUUUGCAUUUGAUUUCAAUUUAAACAAUAGUGUAAAACAUAGUGUUCUACUGCAGUAAAGGGGGGAUACACUUUUAGCUCAAGAAAUUACGAGCUACGUACGCCCCCCCCCCUCCCCUCCAGGAGAAGAUUUUUUUUUUUUGUUAAAAAGGGAACCUUUCAUCCUUUUUCAUUAUACAGGGAGAGAGGCAUACAAAGUAAAACCAGAAUUUUAAAUAAAUUGCAAGUAAUCGUUUUCUUACGCCAAAAGUAAAAGCAAAGCUCUAAAACACAUUUUGGGAAAAUAAAAAAGUAGUAAAACAAAAAAGUAAAAAUAAAGAUUGACUGCAGGUGUACAUAGAAAAAAAAAAACAAAACGGCUAUGCAUAUAUGCGGAAACAUGCGUGGAAAAACACGAACGUAGAAAAGAAAGGAAAACUUCACAUAAGAAAACUCAACACGUUUAAUCAUCUUUCUAGAAGGAUUAUUCAAGUAUCGUACGAAAUGCCAUUCCCAAAACUAUAUAUAUAUAUAUACAGUUAAUGACAUAUGAGAAAAAAAACACCGUAACAAUAUAUUAUCUAUGAAUAUACGAAAAUAAAGCAAAUUACAAAAGUAAAGAAAAACAACAACCAACAUUAACAACAAACUGCAUGGUAAAAUUGCACCCUCCUUCCCUCUCUCCCCAGACCUAGUUUUUUAUCUCAUCAUCUUUUUUGCAUGAGUCAGAAUGAAAAUUUGAAUGAUCAGAAUGAUGAAUUUUAAAAAAAAGUAAACUUUAACUGAAAUAUGAUAUCGCAAGCAGAUUUGAGCGUAUUUAACAUAAUCAAAUAUAUAUAUAUAUAUAUACAAUCAGACGACGAGGAAGAAACUAAAAGGGAAGAACAAUACAGCGUAAGCGGAAAAUCAAACCAGGUAGUGUAAAAAAAGGUUAGCAUGAACAGCAUCAGCUCCUUCCCAGUACACUUACAAACACACGCACACACACACACACAAAGCACUCCCAACAAAGUAGACACGCACACCAGAUCACACGAGACGGAUACAUUCAUAUACGUACCAGGAGCGGAUAUAAACCACGUAAGAGGGCUAGUAGUCGUUUAAAGGAAGAGAAAAACAAAAUGGCAUAACAAUUGCAUUAAGACGUUUUAUUACGAUAUAAGUGAGCAAAAGUAAGUUUGAGAAAGUAAUGAUUUAAGCGAAUCCUGUAGUGAUUUAAACCCAUGACAUAGAAUUUUUACAAAAAGAAAAGAAGAAAAAACAGAAACCAACGGAACAGAGGAGGCCAUGUUAGAAGGGUGAGGCGAGGAGAAAGGGAAGGUGUUAAAAAAAAAACAAACAAACAAACACAACACGCCCUUACGCUAGCAGCACAUAAAGUGCGCGACGAUGUGUGGAGCUUUGUUGGGGUCGAUAGAUUUUUUUUUUGUCGAAGUGUGUGUAACAGAACAGACAGGAAUCGAAGUCAAAAUCUAUCGCGCUGUGGGCAGUGGACGACGAUACGGAGUACUGUCGCGUCUGGGAGCUACGGUUUGUGUGAUUGCAGUGAAAACACACACACACACACACACACACACACACACACACACACACAGAAAAUCUUUCAAUUUAAACAAAGCAAAAAGAAAAAUAAAACAACAAAAUCAAGAUAGUCUAACAAUGAUACAAUGCUUAAAAUACUCUUAUAUAGGCAACUACUGGGUUCCUUAGAUAAUCAAUUAUCUUUUUUCUGGCUGUUUUCACGUUUGAUGAAAGCAAAGGAUAGUUCUAUAUAUUUCAUAGCAUUGAGCAAGAUUUUGAAAAUCAGAGGAAGGAAAAAAAAAAUACCGUAAGAAGGCGGUAGUGUGUGCGUCGGUUUAAAUUAUGAACAAAAAACGCACAUUCGUUGUAAGCGGCAACACACAUACACACACAUACACAUGUGGCAAAGCGUAUGACCAUAUGACAUCGAGGCCAUCCUUGUUUUUCCCCAGUCAAGCGAGGGGAAAAAUAAAAAGUUGUAAAAUAAAAAAUUUACUGAAAAAUUCUCAAA